CACAGGGACACCUCCCUGGCGGCGCGGCGGCCCCGGGGGGCGGUGGCGUGUCCGUGGCGAGUGUCGCUGGCGGUGCCGCAGGCUCCUCCCGCCGCCACCGGGGCCCGGCCGGUUCCCCGGCUCCCCCGGCCCCGGCUGCUCUCCUCCCGCCGGCGGUGCCGCCCGGGCCGGCCGCUGCUCGCUGCCUGCGAGCCCCAGGAUGUGUCAGCAGGACGUUGCCGAGGUCUGGCAGGACUGACCCACAGAACUGCACCAGAGGCUUUGAGUGGUAGCAGAACCCAGAGGAGUGAGAGUGCUGAGCCUGGGCUGAGCACACCAUGGGGGCAAACACCUCCAGCAAGUCACCAUCCUUUGAUGGGAAUGAGGAAGUUACCUUCGACCAUUUUGAGAUUUUGCGAGCUAUUGGAAAGGGCAGCUUUGGAAAAGUCUGCGUGGUGCAAAAGACUGACACCAAGAAGAUGUAUGCCAUGAAAUACAUGAACAAACAGAAGUGUGUGGAGCGUAAUGAAGUGAGAAAUGUUUUCAAGGAGCUGCAGAUUAUGCAGGGCCUGGAACACCCUUUCUUGGUUAAUUUAUGGUACUCAUUCCAGGAUGAAGAGGAUAUGUUCAUGGUGGUCGACCUGCUGCUCGGAGGGGACCUGCGCUACCACCUCCAACAGAAUGUGCGGUUCCAGGAGGGAACUGUGAAACUCUUCAUCUGUGAGCUGGUGCUGGCCCUUGACUACUUGCAGAGCAGGCACAUCAUCCACAGAGAUAUCAAGCCUGACAACAUUUUGCUGGAUGAGCACGGACACGUGCACAUCACUGAUUUCAAUAUUGCCACGAUGCUGACGAAGGACAGCCCUGUCACCACCAUUGCUGGCACGAAGCCCUACAUGGCGCCUGAAAUGUUCAGCUCCACAAAACCCACCAGCUACUCCUUUGCCGUGGACUGGUGGUCGCUGGGAGUCACUGCCUACGAGCUGCUCAGAACUCGGAGGCCAUAUCACAUUCGGUCCAGCACUUCCUCGAGUGAGAUGGUUCACGUGUUCAGGACAGCUGCGGUGGCGUACCCGGCCGCCUGGUGCCCGGACAUGGUGGCGCUGAUCAGGAAGUUGCUCGAGCUGAACCCCAAGAAACGUUUUUCUCAGCUGAAGGACAUCCAGUCCUUCCCUUACCUGUCUGAUGUGAACUGGGAUGCUGUUCUCCAGAAAAGAAUAAUGCCAGAAUUCAUUCCCAUGAAAGGCAGACUGAACUGUGACCCAACCUUUGAACUGGAAGAAAUGAUCCUGGAAUCCAAACCUCUUCACAAAAAAAAAAAGCGCUUGGCUAAGAAGGAGAAAGACACAAGCAAAAGCAAUUCAUCCCAGGUCAGCCACCUCCAGAAGCACCUAGAAAUGCUCCAGAGGGACUUCAUUGUUUUCAACAGAGAAAAGGUAAGACCCCACCAUGACAGCAUCCAAGAGACCAUGACAAAAAGUGGAGGCCCACACAAGGAGGACAGUCAGAACAACAACCUCUGAGAACAGCUAAGCCCCUGCAGGGGACCUCCUCAUGGGACUGGGC